AGUAUCAAGGAUUUCUAAUAACUAAACAGUUUUCGAUACUCGAAAAUACGGUCAUUUUUGUCUUUCUUCCCACUUUCAGUGGACAAUGGAAGCAACGCUUCUCGGCUUUCAUCGACUCAACCCUAGCCUCUUAUCGACAAAACCUCUUAAAAUUCCAGAUGGACAUGUGGCUCGGGACCUAUGGUUUUAUCGUCCACUUGAUACCAGAUCCCACCGGGUGCCCAAGAUGAAAUUGGUAGACUCAAGUAGAAGCCAUUUUGUGCUGCCAAAUAGAUUGUUCCAGUCAAGAACAAGAAGUAAAUGGUCAAUCAAAUCUUCAGAUCAACUUCGAAGUGACUAUGUCAAUGUCGAAUCAUCAUCUUCUGAGUCUCUAAAUCUGGAACUUGUUCGUUCAAGUUUGGAUGAUGGGGCAGAUGCUUCCAAUUACAAUGUUGUUAAUAACAUUGAGGCUUCACGUGUUACACCAAAAUAUUUUAGAAAUAGGUUUCUAAACUUUGUACGGUUGAGUUCUGUCUUGAAUAAUGCCGCAGAAUCAUUCUUUAAGAGUGAGAUUCGGCGGAGGUUAUUUGUGACAGCUGUACUUCUUGUAAUUAGUCGUAUUGGAUAUUUCAUCCCUCUACCUGGAUUUGAUAGAAGGCUGAUACCUCAAGAUUAUCUUAGCUUUGUCUCUGGGUCUGUUGAUGAUCUGGGUGAUUUUUCUACGGAGCUUAAACUGUCCUUUUUUCAGCUUGGUAUCAGCCCUCAGAUUAUUGCAUCCAUAAUUAUGCAGGUACUCUGUCAUAUUGUUCCAUCGUUAGUGAAGUUGAGGAAGGAGGGAUUGGAUGGUCACGAGAAGAUUAAGAGUUAUAUAUGGUGGAUUUCACUUGGCUUUGCAAUACUAGAAGCUAUUAUAGUUUCUUGUUAUUCUCUUCCCUAUUCAAUUUAUGCAGCCAGUUACAGGGUUAAGCAUGUGACGGUAACUGCUUUUCUUUUGGUUUGUGGUGCGAUGACUAUGACAUGGAUCUGUGAUACGAUAUCAGAGUCCGGAUUUGGUCAAGGUUCAUCUCUAAUUAUAUGUGUUGGAAUAUUAACCGGAUACACUGAUACGCUGUACAAGAUGUUGACUCAACUCUCAGGCAGUGCUGUGAGUUGGUGGCCAUACGUGCUUGCAGUACUAGGUGUUUUUACUGUAGUCACCAUGUGGGCAGUUGUUGUAACUGAGGGUUGCAGGAAAAUAAAGCUGCAGUACUAUGGGUUUAAACUAGCUUCUGCUGCAAGGGAAGAUUCCCCGAUCACUGAAGUAGAACCCUAUAUUCCUUUUAAUAUUAAUCCAUCAGGAAUGCAGCCUGUUCUCACUACCACUUAUCUAUUGGCUUUUCCAAGUAUUGUUGCAAGUAUUCUUGGUUCACCAUUUUGGGAGCAUAUUAAGGAGAUAUUGAACCCUGCAACAUCUGUUGGUGCAGAGCCAUGGGUUUACUAUUCAAUAUAUGCGUUUUUUGUUUUUCUGUUUAAUAUAUUUGAUAUUGCCAACUUACCGAAGGAAAUAGCAGAUUACCUGAAUAAGAUGGGUGCCAGGAUACCAAAUAUAAAGCCAGGGAAGGCUACUAUUGAAUAUCUCUCGAAGGUUCAGGCAUCAACACGUUUUUGGGGAGGGCUACUCUUAAGUAUUUUGGCAACUACAUCAACCAUACUUGAUCAUUACUUGCGACGUAUCAAUGAGGGAUUUGCAAUCGGAUUUACCUCAAUUUUAAUAAUUGUGGGUUCUAUAAUCGAGCUAAGAAGAUCAUACCAAGCAUAUAAUGUCAUGCCCAGUUUAAGCAAAACACUGAGGCGAUAUGGGGUGUAACGUCCCCAAAGGCACUUUGCAGGUGCAGCCCGUGAGGGAUCCUCCCUAUACAAGAACUCAAUUUCGUUGGUACAGUUUAGUUGAGCUGCUUCCUUUGGGAGUAAAAGAUAAAAGGCCGAUCUCAAUUAUUAUUUGGUUAAUCAACUCAUAAAGCAGGUUCCGAUUCUUCCGAUUCCGACAUUUCUGGAUUCAUUCAUGGCUACAAUAGUCUACUAUAGUAUGUGAGAACGUGGGUCCAUUUUACUUCUGAGUUGUUCUAACAGUAGUAGUCCGAGACCGUGGACGUACGGCAACAUGUUACCCAUGUUUCGACAAGGGGAUGGCCCCCGAUUUCCGUAGAUCAAGGCAAGUUGUACGGUAAGGUAAUUUGAUGGAGAUCAACAUGUUACACGAUUACUUAUUGCAGCUUGCCUUGUAGUGCAUGAAGUGUAAUCUUGUAGGUUGGAUGGUUGGUGGUCUCUAAAUCAUGCAUCUUUAUU